AUGGACUUUUAUCAAGUGAACCUGGUUGUGUUGGUUGUCGUCAACCUGUGUUCUUUCAUCUGUCGACAUCGCGCUCAGUGCCACCAGCGGCGGCGUCGUGGUGUCCCUCAGGAUGAGGAAAGCAAAGCAGCUGCUACAAAGUUUCAACGGCAAUUCCUCUUUGUAUACACCUUAGUGGUCGCAGCAGAUUGGCUUCAGGGACCCUAUACAUACGCGAUUUACAAGUACGAAAAGCAACUCGAAGAACAUACAGUCGCACUUUUAUACGCCUCGGGUUUUGUUUCGGGAGCCGUGAGCGCCACCUUUGCAGGACAGCUCGCGGAUUGCUAUGGGAGGCGGGCUGCCUGCAUUGCAUAUUGCAUUUGCUACGGGAUAACAUGCCUUACUAUGCUUAGCCAGAACCUCAACAUCCUAUAUCUCGGCCGCUUCUUCGGGGGCAUUGCUACAACAUUGUUGUUUAGUGUCUUCGAGGCUUGGAUGAUUGCCGAAUACAAUCUAUUGCGAGUUGACGAGAGCAUAGUUUCUCUCAGCCAAGUCUUUGCAAACAUGACUACCACCAGCAGUAUUACGGCAAUAUUCUCCGGUGUACUUGGGAAUUGCCUCGUCCAAUGGUUCGACUCUCGGCUGGGACCCUUUCUUGCCAGCCUUGGCUGCUGUAUCGGGGCCAGCAUGCUCAUCUUGGCGACGUGGCGUGAAAACUAUGGUAGCAUCGAGACGUCGAAGGAAACCCCAGAUGCUUGGAAGCUGAAGCAUCGCAUGCUUGCAGCAUUAACCAGCCCUAAGGUUAUGGCUGUGAACUUUGUUUCUUGUUGCUUCGAAGGUCCAAUGUACCUUUUCGUGUUUUUCUGGUCAGCUGCCUUGAAGGGUGUGAGGGUAAAAUCGGGACAUCAGGACGAGCUCCCUUUCGGUCUCAUCUUCUCGAGUUUCAUGUGCGCCAUGAUGGCUGGAUCCAACAUUACGACGGUUCGGAAUUCCUUGUAUUCGAAUGACAACACAUUGAACACGCUCAUGUUCGUAUUUGCUAUAACAUCUGGGGGAUUCGCCGUUUCGACAGUGGUAGACCACGAAUAUGUGCUCUUUUGGGCAUUUUGUGUCAUCGAAGCCUGUGUGGGUGCAUAUUUUCCGAAAAUGGCCCUUGUCAAAAGCAGAGUAGUCGACGACUAUGCUCGAGGUGGAGUCUAUAGCGCUCUCAGGCUGCCUUUAAAUGUCUUCGUGGUUGUUGCACACAGCCUGGACCGUGACGGUGAUGAACAUCGGAACUCUGUUUUCUUAUUCUGCGCGGGUCUUUUGUUGGUUGCAUUUCUCGUCAUUUCGGGGCAG